AUGGGUGUAUCCGAGCAACCGGUUGCCUAGCAACGAAGACCGAGCUGGGACCCGAGAGAACAAACUUUUAGCUCACUGAUGCUAGCUUUGUUCAUUGUUUUUAAACUAAUUUAACUCAACAGUGUGUAGAUGUAAGACGUACUGCUGCACCCGGGCUACAUAACUACUAGUUGGUGGAAGGUAAACACAAAGUUUAACUUAGUUUACUCACCUUUUAGGCCGAUACCCAGCGUUAUAAAUCUUUAACUUUUACUAGUAUGUAACGCUAAGCUAGUGUUUACACAAGGAUGAGCUAAAAGGUAAGUUAUUUUUGUUUGUUUGUUUGUCUUAUGGUGACUUGAAUCCGUGACCAAAUGGCACAACAUUUGUCUUCCCUAAACUUUCUUUAUUUGUUGGAUUGAAGUGACAUGUUGGCCUUUAGUUCAUAUAUUAAAAUAUUAUAAAACAGAAUGGAUAAAGAAAAAAGGAAAAAGUAACUUAGUUCCCAUGUUUUCCUACAGUUUUAACUUUUAACUAUUUUUUACUGUAUUAACUAUUGUCAGUUUAGCUAAGUAGAAAAUGUCCCUAAAUCAAAUACUGACGGGCAGAAUCAGGCUUCUAUACCUAAAAUAAUUACAUAAGCUAUUGAGUCUUUAAAAUGAUCGGAUUUUACAAACAGUAACUCAAAAUAAAGUAACUGUAGAUGCUUUGACAGAUACUGAGAUCAUUUGUGUAAUUGUGGCAUGUUUACGAUUUGAAUAUUUUUAAAGCAGAAGAAGAAAAUAAUAUUUCAGGAUCAAUACAAGGUUGCAUAAGAAAAAGAAAGUUGCAGUCUUUAACAGAUAAUUAACAGUUUUCAUCUUCACAUAAAAGGUUCAACAUCUACUUUGAAGUGCUUGGUCCAGGAUGUUGAUGAACGCUGUAUUUUAAGUUUGUUUGUGUUUUUGUGGAGUGCCCUGCACAGGUAAAUGUCACAUAGCCACCAGCAAAAAAAAGAGACGUGCAAAAGGUCAGUGGAUGAGUCCUGUGUAGAAAGUGGUAGAGAUGGUGGCCCCAGGCGAGGAGACGAGAACAACAACAGUAGUCUACCCCAGUCCCCCCCCGAAGCUGCUGUCUCAAGAGAAUGGGACAUCAAAUGGGAGAAAGCAGAAUUUGUUCAAGCAGGACGUGAAGCAAGCCACAGGCAAGGUAAAAAACUCCAAGAGCAAACAGCAUGUGUUUGCUCAUGGUCUCCAUCGCGUUCAGCAUUUGCCCUGUGACAGCCCUGUGCGUUUCAUGAUGUAUUCUGAAGCUGCUGCAGCAUUCAUUAGCCUCCAUGCAGACAACACAGUUUGCCUUUAUAAAGCUGAUGGCCACAAGCAGACUUCCAUAGCACACCUCCCUUUCAUGGGCUUGACCGCCACAAAGAUCUCCGGUCAUCUGGUGGGUUGGGGCCCAGGGCCUGUCUUCACACUCCUCAACAGUGAGUUGGACCCCCUGGAUGCUGCUCACGAUGCCCUGGACAUACGUGUGUGUCAGGCUGCAGAACACUCCACAGAGUUGGUGACUGCAGGUGUGGGCAACGUGUGCGUGUGGUCGGUGAUGCUCAUGAGGUGUAAGGUGAGGAUACAGGAGGGGCUGCAGCAGAGCACGUUCACUCAAAUGGCAUUAGCCCCUCCGCGAUCUGACAGACCCCACAGAGCGUUUGCGGCGUGCGGGCAGGCCGUCACGGUGGUCGAUCUCAAUGCCGGGAAGGUUUUGCAGCACAAGAGGGAUCUCUGCUCACGAGACAUCACUGCAAUGGUGUACUGCUCUCAACUGGACUGUUUGAUCAUUGCAUCUGAAGAGCUCUCCAUUAGAAUAUGGGGUCCAGAUUGGGAACUGCGUGUGACUUUUGUUGGACAUAAUGAUGUAGUGAACUCACUGUUCUACUGCCCUGCAUUAAGCAUGCUGUUAUCAGCCUCUGUGGAUUGUACGAUCCGUUGCUGGGACAUGGAAGAGGGUCAUGUAAUCGAGUGCGUCCACACAGAGCCGGAAAACCCUCCAUUGUUCAUAGGAGGCAACAGAAAGGGAGACACUUUCUUCUCCUUCUCUCACCAAGGAGUUGACUUCUGGACCAUCAGAACCUUGUACACUCUCCACUGUAAACUCAAAGGCGACAAAGGAGCCCCACUGAGACAAAUCCUAGUUUCCCCCUUCCCUGCACCUUACCCUACACGAGUCCUCUGUGUCAGCGGGGACAGUGACAUUGUGCUUGUGGCUGCAGAAACAGGAGCAGUGUUGACUUCCUUUAAGGCAACGCAGAGGAUUUUGUGUGCCGACUACUGCCUGCAUAAAGAGAUUCUGUUGGCUCUGACUGAGACAGGUACGGUGCUCCAAGCCAACACGCUUACUAAUCCAAUCACUUUGAUGCAGGAGUGGAAGAAGAGAGGCCAGGGGCCCUGGCGGUACAGGGACGGUGUGACUGAGGAUGAUGUCCAGAAUCUGCCUGUCCCUGGCCCGGCUUGCUGUCUGGUGCUUUACAGUUAUGUUGCUGAAACACAAGGAGCUUUAGAGGAGUGGAGGAGUUUGCAGGACAGGAGAGGAUGCAGUCACAGGAACAAGGCAGCUCUUGAUGAUGCCAAGAAUAAGUUUUUGACCAUUCUCGGCCAAAGUGGAGGCUGUGUGAGCGUUCUGAAAAUGGACGAUGGGAAGGUCUUUUACAGGACACCAGCACACAACGGCCAGAGAGUCACCGCAGUGCAGGUGUACCCCGAGAACGGCUACCUCCUCUCCACAGGUGAGGACAUGACAGUGGUGGUGUGGAGAGUAAACCCCUACGUCCAGGAGUGUCUCAGCAAGAUGCUCAGCCUGCACUGUGGCCAACCACUAGUCUACCUGGCAGCGCUGGAUCGCCAGCUGGCCCUCACCUUUCAAGAUCCCAACAGUGGCACCUACAACCUGAUGCACUUUAACCUGCUCAACCAGAGCCAGACCGGUUACUCCCCAGUGGAAGGACAUUUAGACCACUUCACAGGAUUGUGUGUGUGUCCUGAUCUGGAGGUGUUUGUCUCCAGCAGUCUAGAUGGGACAGUGUGCAUCUGGAAUGAAGAUAAUCAUCUUAUUGGGACGCUACGGCUGAAUGCAGUGCCUGAGUGUCUGGUUUAUGGUGGAUUUGGAGGGGAGCUGUUUCUUGGCAUUAGAGGGGAUCUGUACAGGAUGGAUUGCGCAAAGUUCCUGCCACACAUUUACCAACAACUGCUCCUUUACACUUAUUGUGCUGAGCCCGUUCCUGACUGGCCUAUCAUCGUGAAUAAAGAGAAGUGCAGCAAAAAAAACAAUGCAAGCACCGACAAAGAUGAUGAAGAGGGACUGCCAGCAAUCGCCAGCAAUUUAUUAUCCACUGAAGACAUGUGGAGACAGAAGGAGCAUGACAAAUUAGUGGCCUCGAACAUGGACCUUGCUGCACUCCUACAAGGCUCAGUAAAAUGCAAAAAAGGGAAACCUCCCAGUACAAAGGAAACCAAGAAAGAGGCUUUUGAUCGCUACAUGAAGAUAAUAUAUGGGUUGCCCUUCAAUAUUAAGAUUGAUUUUGAUGAGACCUUGGAUCAAGAUAAUUUUGAAUUUGAUCCUGAACCAUGUGACAUCAACCGUUAUGUGGUUCCUGCUGUGAAAGAGGAAGUCAAACCUGAAUCUAAGUUAAUCAUUCCUGUGAAUGUGGAGAAAAAGGAGCUGCAGGAGAAAAAGGCUCCAGCACCUAAACCAAGGACCCUGAUAAAAGUCAAGCCAUUGCCUGUCGCCAAACCCAAGAAACCAGAAAUCAUAGUGGAGAAGAAAGAAGAGCCUCCUCCAAAGAUCACGUCUCCAGUAGAGCCACCCAAACCCAAAACUCCUAUUCCUCCUCCUCGCCGUCCAAGGACCCCAACACCACUCCCACAGCGGGAACCCACCCCUGAGGUGCCGACAUUCCUCAAACAGUUUGCGGAUCAGGGCUGGUUUAAAGACUUCUAUCCUGAUAAAAAGUGUAUCCCGAGCACCUUGUCUCCAGAGGAUUUCUCCUUGCAGCUGAUGAGCUGUCUAAACACCUGCAGUGCUCCAUCUAAGAUUAAGAUCCUGGCUGCACUGCAGGCGCUGCACAUCCAGGGACUCUUAGAGAAUACAGACCAGCUCUACCGAGGUCUCUCUGACUUGGUGUCAAAAUUUGUGAGAUAUCCCAUGUCACCUGUGGAGCGGGCUGUGCUUGUUGAAAUGCUGCAUCAGUUGAUGCGUCUUAAAUCUCCCGGCUCUGACCUUGUGAAAAAGCUUCUCACUCUUCUGGCUUUUAAAAAACUGGGUCUCCGAACAACAGUGCUGCACAUCCUGACUGCAUUAGGUGUAAGUGAGGCCGACCAGUGGUUGUGGCCAGAGCUGGAGAGCUGGCAGUCGGAGCUGCAGGACCAGUCUGACGUGUGGAAGAGCCUCCAUGACCGAGCAGAUUGUUGGCUGGAGUUAUGGACCUCCAGAUACAAAGAACAUAACAGGUAUCUGUACCUCAAGAGUACAGCAAAGUGGAAGCCGCCAACCUUCAGCGUGGUGGAUGUGCUGAACUAUUUCUGCUCCAUCCAAAAAGAGGAGCACAGAAAGAAAUGUAUUGCACCAGCUGGUCGCAAAAACACAGUGCUAUUGCCCCUAUAUGACUGUAGUUCUCAACCAAUCCUUCGACUAGGAGAGACGUACAGCAUGGCCAGGACAUCCAGGCCACCAGGUUUAAUUCUGCCUCCCCUGAGAAGCCGUCCCUUCCUCUUGCACUUCCCCAGUUUCAUCUCUUUGCCGUUACCUCGGGUCACUCUCCUCCCCUUUCACAUCUUCUCAGACGGAGACUGGGUGAAGGCCUCGCCUCGCCGCUACUUCAUUCAACAGCAGUCAUAUGUAGAGUACUACAGAUGAUGCCUCUACACUCCAGUUUGUUAAUAUGUUAAUCAUCACACAGUUAAAUGACUCUUAAAACUUUGCUUUAUGUCUGAUUUAUUCUGUGACUUACAGUAAGUAAAUGCAUUCAUGUCGUAUAAAGGUGAUUUGGUACACUCAUUUCCUGAUAA